GCCCAAGUGGGAGGACGGCAGCUGCCCGCUCCCUCCUCCCCACACCCCCGCUACCUGCCCAGUCCCCGAAGCGAAGCGUGAGGAGGCUGCGAGCCAGCGGGGCCGAGCCCACAACUUUGCAGCCUCGGGGAGGGUGAGAGCCGGCGUCCAGGGCUCCUCUUGUCCGCGGCCAGAGCUCGGAAUGUAAUCGAGGAUGCUGGCCCUGAGGCUGCUCAACGUGGUGGCCCCCGCCUACUUCCUGUGCAUCUCCCUGGUGACCUUCGCGCUGCAGCUCUUCCUCUUCCUGCCCAGCAUGCGCGAGGACCCCGCGGCAGCCCGGCUCUUCUCGCCCGCGCUGCUCCACGGGGCGCUCUUCCUGUUCCUCUCAACCAACGCCCUGGGCAAUUACGUCCUGGUCGUCCAGAACUCCCCGGACGACCUGGACGCCUGCCAGGGGGCCUCGGCCAAGAGGGCUCCAUGUCCCCCGCCCAGCACCCACUUCUGCCGAGUGUGCGCCAGAGUCACCCUGAGGCACGACCAUCACUGUUUCUUCACCGGCAACUGCAUCGGCAGCAGGAACAUGCGCAACUUCGUCCUGUUCUGCCUCUACACCUCCCUUGCCUGCCUCUACUCCAUGGUGGCCGGCGUGGCCUACAUCUCCGCCGUCCUUUCCAUCUCCUUCGCCCACCCCCUGGCCUUCCUCACGCUCCUUCCCACCUCCAUCAGCCAGUUCUUCUCCGGAGCUGUCCUAGGUUCUGAAAUGUUCGUCAUCCUCAUGCUCUACCUCUGGUUUGCCAUCGGCCUGGCCUGCGCUGGCUUCUGCUGCCACCAGCUGCUGUUGAUCCUCCGGGGGCAGACCCGCCACCAGGUGCGGAAGGGGGUGGCAGUGAGGGCCCGGCCCUGGCGCAAGAACUUGCAGGAGGUCUUCGGGAAGAGGUGGCUGCUGGGCCUGCUGGUCCCCAUGUUCAAUGUUGGAGGUGAGAACUCGAAGCAGUGGAACAAGUAGCAAGCACUACCAUCAUUUCUGUGUGUGUGUCCUGACUUCUCCUGAACAUCAGACCAUGGCACCCUUGUCUCCACCCAUGACCCACUACAAUCUCGUGCUGGUAAGGUCCUAGCAUCCACCCCUGGUCUGUGACACAUAGAGAACAGUGUUGGCUGGUGGAUCAUGACAAGGUGGAAAAAUGACUGCCCUGGCAUUGUAGGCUCCCCACGAGCCAGCCAGGUGGCUGCCGUUAGGAGACCUGUGCUUUUGUUUCUUCUGUUGGGGUCCCUGCCUUCCCCCUCUGCCUGCCUCGUCCACUCUUUCCCAUGUCUGUUGUCAUCGUUGCUAUCUGCUAAUGUUCUUCCUCUGAGCCCCAUCUUGGGAGUGGGGAGUGGAUUCUUGCUGCUGGUAUGAUGCUCCCCGGGACCUGGAGGCUGGCAGAAAAUGUUUAAAAUUACCAUAAUUGAGAGGCAGCCAAGUCAGCUCCAGCAACUACUAGGGACAUUGGGAAAGGAGGGGUACAUGUCGUUGUCCCCUCUGGGCAAUUGUGGGCAGUGGGAGGGAAAAAGAACUCGGUAGCUUGCUGCCCAUUCCCCCAAGUUGCAAGGCCCCUUCUCUGGGACACAGCAGUCAAUGGCCUGGAAUUUCUAACUGCUGUCCCCUGUCUGCCCUGCCCCAGCUGGGCACCCCAGCCCAGUCCAGGACCUGGCUGGAUGCUUCCUUUCCUUCGCACUCUUCCAGCCUUUUCCCUUGGUCUCCAGCCUCCAGGUCUUUGCUAGAUGCUGGGAAGGCAAGGAAGAAGGGAGAAGGAAAGGGGAGAUACUGAUCAAUGAGAUUGGCAUGUGACUGCAUAACCGUAUAGAAAAGGACGUGCGGGGGGGAAGAUAAUGAGGAGUGCAAUUAUGAAAAUAGAGGAAGAAUGCCUAGGGGAGGGGAGGAGAGAGUGUCACACAGGGGUUGGGCACUGGAAUAUUUGGGGAAUGAGAAUGAGAGAGGCAAAUAGGUUCAUUUUGCCCUGUAUAAAGGACAUUCUAGCAGCUAAUGUUGUAUUUAAAUGGCUGCCUGGCGAGGUAGUGAGUGCCCCUAAAACUGGAGGUAUUCCAGCAGCACGGACUAGGCAGUCGUCUGGCAGGCAUGCUGUGGAAAGUAUUUCUGCACAGGAUCAGGAAAGGGAAGAACUCUUCCCACCCCAAGAUUCUAGACUCUUCUUCACGAUCGCCAAGUCCAGAGGCAAGAUCUGCAGAGAGGUCUGUGAGUUAUUUGAUCUCAUGGAGGGUGGGGCAGGCAAGGGGGGUCUGAAAACCAUGAUGCAAACUUUCAAGACCCUACCCAGCCACCAAAGUGAGGGUCUGUGGAGAGGCAGGACUCCCUGGGUGUUAAUGCUAGUUGAGGAGGUUGGCAUUUGAGGACAGGGAGAUGGAGCAGUGUCAGGGCAGGUGGGGGCAGUGGUGAGGAGAGCAGAGCUGGAAGGUCAUGCUCAGCUCUGAUGGGCGAGAUUGGGAGAGUUGAGGCCGGAAUGGGGGAGACCAGAAUACAGGAGUGCAAUUGCCAGAGCAGCCCCGCUUAUCUGACUGGCUCUGUUUAGGGGCACUGCUGUGUGUUCUGGGACCCAGAAGCCCAGAUCUCUGAAGCAUAUGAGGGAGCUGGGCCAAUACAAGUGCCCUCUCCUGACUGGGUCCCAGGGCCAGUCUGCCAUCCAUGCAGGCAGCAGAGCUGAAGCCCACACUCUACA